AUGGACGAAGGAACCGAGAUGUCGCUGACUAUCGCUCAGCUCGUUCGACGCCUGAAGGGAAGCCAUUUGCACGCUCAAAUGGAGCGACAAGCCAGAGAGUGUUUACAUCAACCGGAAAUCCAACUGGAAUCUUUAAAGGACGACGUUCGGCGUUUCCUCAGAACAUCAGGGUGGGAAAGGAAGCUCCAAAAUGCUGUGCAUCGAGAAUUACUAAUCAGUCGACUUCCCCCGAGCUUCCCGGCACCCCCGCCGGAGCACCUCAAAGAGCCCUUAGCAUACAUGCGCAAGGCCCAGGCCAGCUGGGAAAGGCGCAUCUUGAAAAGCUUGAAUAGUAUGAGCACAGAGCUAGGAGUGCCUCUGGCCCGAAUGAGGCCCGUGGCGGAGCAACAAGAGCUAAGCAACAAAUGGAAUGAGAUGGGUACAGAUGAACCAGACUUGAGUCGUUUCAGGCCCGUUUACGCUCCCAAAGACUUCCUGGAGGUUGUCGUCAGCCUGCGGAGCCCCAACCACGACAGUGGCGGGGACGUAGGCGCCAGGAGCCACUGGGGUCUCAUCCACGUCCCUCUUGAUGUCAAGGAUAUCACACAGCUGAGAGGUGUCUACACGGAGCUCGGCCUCGCCGAGGGGCAGCUGGGGAUCGACGACAACGCUCAUCCAGACUUAUUUGAAAACAACUACAUUGACAUUGGAAAGAAAGCGCUGGCCGAGCAGGACGGUGCGGCGGCGCAGCAGUACAGCCGGCGGGGCUGUCCCACGGGGCUCCGGGCGGAUCUCUGGGCCCUCAUCCUGAAUUUGGUCAACCAGCCACAGGAUGCGAUGCAUUACGAGCAGCUGAAGGCAGGUGUCCUGCAACACGACCUGCUGGUGGACAAGCUUAUCUCCAAGGAUGUGAAGCUGACUGCCAGUAACGACGACUACUACUUUGUCUUUGAAGACUUCCUCUACCAGGUCUUGCUGUGUUUCUCCCGAGAUGCCGCCAUCUUGGAGCACUUCAAGUACAACAGCGCCACUCCACCGAAAUCAUACAUCCAAGGGAAAGAAGAGGAUGAGGACUUUGCUGUUUUUUAUCCUCCUAAUGGUGUCAUUCCGUUCCACGGCUUCUCAAUGUACGUGGCGCCGCUAUGCUUCCUGUACAACGAACCGUCCAAGUUGUACAGCGUCUUCAGGGAAAUGUACACCCGCUACUUCUUCCGACUGCACUCGAUUUCCUCUGCGUGCUCGGGAAUCGUGUCUUUGUGUCUGCUUUUCGAGCGGCUCCUGCAAACGCACCUGCCGCAGCUCUUCUACCACCUCCGACAGAUUGGAGCUCAACCGUUGCGGAUAGCCUUUAAGUGGAUGGUCCGAGCAUUUUCAGGUUAUCUUUGUACCGACCAGCUGCUUUUUCUUUGGGAUCGAAUCCUGGGCUAUGACUCGUUGGAGCCUGUAGCAGUCCUGGCAGCUGCCAUUUUCGCCUUUCGGACCGAGAACCUGAUGGAAGUAACGUCUCUUGCUUCAGCUGAGGCUGUCCUCGCCGAUCUUUCAACCCUCAAAGUCAUGCCGCUCAUCCAGAUCUUCCUCUUUGCCGUCUGA